CAGAAUUAGUAAAUCAGAUGCCAGUGAGGACUGGUGUACCACCUGACCAGCAGCAAGUGGAAGCAGUUAAUUUAUGUCAUUAAAACACCUGUUUAAACCAGGUAGUAGCAGGAACCGGGGCCUCUGUGUUACCAAUCUGUAUUCUUGUGGUUCAUAUGGCACAACCCGAUAAAUGCAGCACGCCAGGCCCGAUGCCUCUGAACGCCGGGGACACCGGGUACGGCAGCGUGACAGCACCCGGGCUGUCGAGCAGUGUGGGCGACUCAGAGUCAGCCCCGCUGCUCAUCCCCGAGCCGGAGGUGGUGCAGCAGUGGCGGCCUCUGAGCAAGCAGGAGCUGGAGGUCGCGGCGGGGGGCCCGGGGUGGAGAAGAGUGCGGUGCUACCUGGUGCUGAUGUUCUGGCUGGCUUGGUUGGCCAUGCUCGCCACCUCCAUCGCCAUCGUAGUGAAGAGCCCCCGGCCGGUGCCAACACACCUGAAGUGGUGGCAAAAGUCGCUUUUCUACCAGCUGCAGCCCGACAUGUUCAUGGAGGCGCAGACAGAGGGGUCAGGGAGCAUAAACGCGCUGUGUGAGCAGCUUCCCUACCUCAGGUCUUUAGGUGUAGGGGCUCUAAUCCUGGAGGGCUUGUUUGAUAAGGAGGCAUCUCCUUUAAAUGUCACUGUAACUGGUGAAAGCUUGGGGAUGUUGCCUCAGAUCGAGCAUCUGCUAAGAGAGAGCAACAAAGCAGGUCUCAAAGUGGUGUUGGACUUCUGUGAACUGGAUCUGUUGGGACCUCAAGAUGUAGCAGACAAGCCAUCAAAACCCUCAGAAACAGUACAGCAUGCAAUCCGGUUCUGGUUGGAGCAGGGUGUGGCAGGUUUUUCAAUCUGUGACACAGAUGCAGCAUAUUCAGAAAAGACUCUGCUAAUGUGGAGAAGUGUUUUCAAGGAGUUCAGUAGUGAGGAGGAGGAGGAAAGGAUUGUGGUAGUAAAACAGACGGGAGAUGUUUUGCCUCCUCUUAACAACUCCAGCCAGAUCAACGUUACGUUGGUGGAUUUGGUCAUGAGGUCAAUACUGCCAACUUCAUCUCACCUCCUGUCUGCACAGGAAGUGGCUGAUGCGAUAGAGAAACGUCUGCAAACAACAGGAGAUAUAUGGCCUAGUUGGACAGUUGGAGGUAAAGCAUCUCAUGACUUGAAGAAAUUACUCCUGGUGUUGAUAAUGACUCUGCCAGGGUCACCUGCAGUCCGAUAUGAUGAAGAGAUGGACCAAACACAGAAUGUUUCUCUACAUUUCGCCUUGUCAAAUGGAGAGCAGAACAGCGAUCCACCAGAAUCUCAUGCAGACAAGGAGAAGAUGAAGCGUUCAGCUGUAGCUCUCUUCACCUCCCUCAGUCACUCCAGAGCCAGAGAAGAAGCUCUUCUUUACGGCAACUUCACUUUCCUCCCCUUUAACACCUCCUCCAACUCCAACUCCACUCUUUUCUCUCCUACAUCUCCCCCGAUCCUCGCCUUCCUGCGCUCGUGGGGUUGUGUCCACUUCCUCAUCCUGCUAAACGUCGGGCCUGAGCGUCAUGCCUUGGAACCUACAUGGGCCCCCAGCCUGCCUCAGGCUGGAGUGUUUGUGGCCAGCACAGGAAUGGACCGGCUCGGGUCGACAUCUCUGUACACGCUUGAACUGCAGCCCCAUGAAGCCAUCGUCAUCAAACUGUUUGAGGCGGGAAGCUACUCAUAGAGCCUUUUGAGUUGCAGCAACAGUCAGUUGUGUCGAGAUGUAGGUGGAAACUGUUUUCUUCUCACAAGAUGAAAUGUCUGACACAAAUGUAUUGUUUUUAUAAAGUGCUGAUUACUAUGUGCUCAGAGGGCACUGGAAAUAAAGUAAUGGUUCUGUA